AUGGCAGAAGCGGUAGGCCUUGCUGUAGGCCUCGUCAGCCUUGCAGCAUUAUUUAAUAACGCCGUCGAGUGCUUCGACUAUAUCCAGCUGGGUCGACACUUUGGCAAGGACUUCCAAACAUGCCAGCUCAGGCUUGAUAGCGCGAAACUGCGACUCUCUCGAUGGGGUGCCUCGUUGGGCCUGAACAGAGGAGGCUCACAGGGUGAUAUAGUCCUCUCUCCUCAAGAAAUGGCUCAGGCACAGGCUUUGAUGGGCCAGAUUCUCGAGCUAUUCACAGACGCGGAGGGCAUCUCAAAUAAGUUUAAGAGCCAGGCUCGCACAGAUGCUGCAGCUGGUCGUAUUGCUACAAUCAAUACCAGCUACUUUGCGGUAUUCGAUCCAACGACUGAUCUGGAUCCCGCGGCUAGAGAGCUUCAUGACAAGUUGCGGCUGUUGGCUAUUGACCGCCAGAAACAGACCGGUUUACGACAGAAGGCCAAGUGGGCGCUGUACGAGAAGAAGAAUUUCAGCAGGCUGCUAGAGGACAUCACCGCUCUAGUCGAUGCUCUCGUCGAGCUGGUUCCCGCGUCUCACUCACCACAGGAAGAGCUCUGCAGGUCAGAAGUAGCUAUUCUCGCUAGAGAUGAGACCAGUCUCUCUCUUCUCAAACAUACUGCUGCUCAGCAGGAUAGAUUACUCGAGGCUGUCACUGCAGGCAUCGCCAAUAAUAAUGUCACAGCUACAUUCUCGACGCCAGUAAGUGGAGGCUUUCAGGUUGGAUGCAAUACUGGGUUCAUCCAAACUUACAUUCAUCAACCAGCUGAACUACCCGAACCUCUAUCCAGGCCUGGCUCGACCAUUCCAUUCCUUCGUGACCGUGACUUUGUCGUACGUGAAGAAAUCCUUAACCAGAUCGGCGACAGAGCCACUCCUGGUUUCUGGGCUGCUCUUGUCGGUUUAGGAGGCGUCGGGAAAUCCCAACUUGCAAUUGAGCAUGGCUAUCGCAUCAGAGAUAAGUCUCCCGAGACGUGGGUUUUCUGGGUAUAUGCAAGUAAUUCUGCGCGCUUCGAGGAAAGCUAUCGAGAGAUAGCAGACCGAGCUAAGAUUCCUGGCCGGGCUCAGUCGGAUAAUAUCCUAAAACUAGUCUACGACUGGCUUUGCAGCCAAAGUGGGAAAUGGUUCAUCAUACUCGAUAAUGCGGACAAUACCGAUUUUCUCCGGAAGGAGUCUCAUGGCAAUGGAUUAAUCAAGUAUAUACCCAGAGAGCAGAAUGGAUCUGUACUAAUCACGAGCCGAAGCAGAGAAGCAGCUUUACAGCUUGUUGACAACAGUGAUAUAAUAACAGUCGAACCUAUGGACAAGGCCCACUCAAUAGCCCUCCUAAGGAUCAAGCUUGGUAGCAUGGAUGUUGAUAAUGAGUCACUUGCACGCCUUGUAGCUGCGCUUGAGUUUAUGCCCCUUGCAAUCGUUCAGGCAGCAGCAUACAUAUCCCAAAGAGCACAGCGCCUCUCAGUGGAGAAAUACCUUGAAAAGUUCCAUAAAAGUGAUUCUAGGAAAACAAACCUCCUUAGCCAUGAGGGAGGGCGAGUUCGCCGAGACCAUGAUGCGAAGAAUUCUAUUAUUACAACAUGGCGGAUAUCCUUUGAUCAUAUAAAGGAAAAGAGGCCGUCAGCAGCUGACUUGCUAUCAUAUAUGAGCUUUUUCGACCGGCAGGGGAUUCCUGAAUCUAUGCUCCAUCAUUACCGUGAUGAUAUGGAGCAGGAUAAAUCCUCUAGCCAAGACUAUGAAGAUGGUAACGACAACGUACGUAGCCAAUCCGAGUUAAGCGAAGAUGAUGACUUUGAAAACGACCUGCAGACCCUAAAGGACUACUCGUUCAUCUCUGUCAGCACAGACCCAUCAGUCUUCGAGAUGCACAGGUUGGUACAGUUAGCUACACGGACAUGGCUUGAUGUCCAUGGGCUACUUGAAACAUGGAAACAACAAUUUAUCAGACAGCUUUCUACGAAGUUGUGUGAUGAUUCGGAGCCAAAUUGUUCAAAAUGUCAGAUAUUAUUCCCCCAUGCAAAAUUAGCAAUGGAUCUGGAGCCGGAGAACAAGGAUUUUAUUCCCCAGUGGGCCGGGAUCUUGAGCUAUGCAGUAUUCUAUGCUGUUAGUAAGGGGAACGUUACCGACGCAGAGUCAUUGUCAGCUAAGUCGAUAGCGGUAUGCAAAAGAGAAUUUGGCGAAGUCCAUAAGCUCACAAUGGAUAGUAAAUAUCUACUAACUAUGUCAUACUACGCUGCAGGCAAGUGGGCCGAGGCCGCAGAGUUAGGGGAAGAGGCUUUAGAGGAAAGAAAGCAGCUGUCAGACGUGGAAAAUCAUGACACACUGGUUAGCCUAGGUAUCCUAGCAUUGAUAUAUACCAAACUAGGGAGAUUAGCAGAGGCUGAGGAGAUGGACGUGCGAGUGUUGGAGAUAUCCAAAAAGAUUCUUGGUAUAGAGCAUCAGGAUACACUGGCCGCCAUAGAUAAUCUGGCAAUAAUAUACUCGGCCCAGGAGAAGUGGGAAAAAGCGUACGAGCUAGCAGCGGAGGUAGUGGAGGUAGAAAAGAGGAUGCUAGGGUUGGAACACCUGGCCACAUUGUUCAGCAUGGAGAUUUUGGCAGAGAUAUGCCGGAAACUUAACAUGUUGGAAGUGGCGGUAGAACUAGGGGAGCAGGUAGUAGAGGUGUCUUCCCGAAACCUGGGCGCUGAGAACAUCCGUACCUUAACUGCCAUGCUGAGCCUAUCGGCAGCAUACAGGGAACAAGGGCGCCUGGAAGAGGCUGAGGAGCUGGCGGUGAAAGUGAUGGAAUUGAAGCUGAAGGUCCGAGGAAUAGAACAUCCAAACACCUGGGUGAGCAUGGCCCAUGUGGCACGGAUAUACGGCGAACAGGGUCGAUGGAACGAAGGCGAAGCGCUGAAUCUCCAAGUACUAGAGUUCAGAAAGAGAGUCCUUGGUACAAGCCAUCGAGAUACUCUAAGGACUAUGAACAACCUUGCCUGUAUCUGGGACGCACUAGGCAAGCGUACAGACGCGAUCAACCUGAUGAGCGAUUGUGUACAGCUUCAGAUCAAGCAUUUAGGUCCCGAGCACCAGCGCACAUUACGGUCAUCUGAAGCACUUGCCCGUUGGAAAUCCCACAUACCAGAUAGCUAG